AUGCCUAGUGUUUUUGCUGUAAUAGAAGCGCCAGAAGAGGAAGAGAUUGAUGCAUCCAUUAUUCACCAAUUUACCAACUCUACACCGAGCAAUUCUUCAACUAAUCAACAACAGGGCAAUAAUUCAUUGUACAUCUCACGUGAUGCUGUUGAGUUUCUGAAAAGCCCGCUGGUCACCCGCUUCAUGCCAUCCUUCUACAUCAUCACCAUCCUCAUCAGUUUGCCUCUGAACGCUUUGGCUUUGGUGACGUUCACCUGCAGGAUCAGAGAAAAGAAACCAGCUGUGAUCUACAUGUCUCACCUGGCGUGUGUGGAUCUGCUCUUCGCCCUGCUGCUGCCUCUGAAGAUCCACUACCAGCUGAACGCUUCUGAUUGGCUGUUUGGUGAGGCGGCGUGUCGUGUGCUCACUGCAGCUUAUUACUGCUACAUGUACUGCUCCAUACUGCUGAUGAUGUGCAUGAGUGUGGACAGACUGCUGGGUGUUGCGCUUCCCAUCGCUUCUUUAACCUGGAGGAGCACAAGGAAAGCCUCAUGCGUGUGUGUGCUGGUCUGGCUGCUGGCGCUCGCUGGUACUGUGCCACUGCUCUCAAUGAGACAAACAUUUCCCAUUAAAAAUGUGGGCAUGACCUGCCAUGACGCACUGCUGCAAGACCCAACAGGACAUCUUUACCUGUACCUGUUCUUCAUCCUCUCCUGCCUGUAUUUCUUUGUGCCGCUGGUCAUCACUUUAGUGAGCUACUCCACCAUCAUAUAUGUGCUCAGUGUAAAGUCCGACCGCAUUUCUUCAUCUUCAUCCAACAAAAACAGAGCUGUGAUCAUGACUGUUUCUGUGCUGAGUGAGUUUGUUGUGUGUUUUGGUCCAACCAACGGCAUCUUGUUGUAUCACUGCAUUCGUUUAGCUACUGGAAAAAACAGUGAAGGAGAUCCAUCAUAUGCUGCUUACAUGUUGGCUGUGUGUUUAGGGAGUGCAAGUGUUUUUCUGGACCCUCUCCUAUACUAUUAUGGUUCAUCACAUUACAGAAAGAUAAUCAAGUCUGUGCUGAGAAGAGCAAAAGCAGAAAAAGCAACACCACCAUGUAACACAGCUGAUACUAAGACUAAUUCAGCAGUAAAGUGUGAAGUUUAA